AUGGAGCCGGCCCCUGUGUUUCGCACGCCUCGCAAGAGGGUCGCCUACUACUACGACCAUGACGUGGGCAACUUCAGCUACGGCCUCGGUCAUCCCAUGAAGCCGCAUCGUAUGCGCAUGACCCACAACCUCGUCACCAACUACGGUCUCCACAAGAAGAUGGACAUCCUGCGUCCCAAGCGUGCCACCAGCGACCAGAUGACCCGCUUCCACACCGAUGAGUACGUCGACUUCCUUCACCGCGUCACUCCGGAAUCCGUGCACGAGCUCACCAAUGAAGGCACGCGCUACCUCAUCGGCGAGGACUGCCCCGCUUUCGAUGGUCUGUACGAGUUCUGUUCCAUCUCGGCCGGUGGAUCGCUCGCUGCUGCCAGCCGACUCAACUCGGGCGAAUCGGAUGUCGCGAUCAACUGGGCUGGCGGUUUGCAUCACGCAAAGAAGAGGGAGGCAAGUGGGUUCUGCUACAUCAACGACAUUGUUCUCGCCAUCCUUGAGCUGCUUCGAGUCCACCUUCGCGUCCUCUACAUCGACAUCGACAUUCACCACGGAGACGGCGUCGAAGAGGCCUUCUACACCACAGACCGUGUCAUGACCGCGAGCUUCCACAAGUUCGGUGACUUCUUCCCCGGCACAGGCGAUGUGCGCGACAUCGGCAUGAAAAAGGGCAAGAACUACUGCGUCAACGUACCGCUGCGCGACGGCAUCGGCGACCUCGAGUUUGGCAACAUCUUCCGACCCGUCAUCUCGCACAUCAUGGAGUGGUAUCGUCCGGGAGCGGUGGUGCUCCAGUGCGGUGCGGACUCGCUGGCGGGUGACAAGCUCGGCUGCUUCAACCUCUCGAUGCGCGGACACGCCGACUGCGUCGCGUUCAUGCAGACGUUCGAUGUGCCGCUCAUCACGCUCGGUGGAGGAGGCUAUACGGUGCGCAACGUGGCGCGCACAUGGACGUACGAGACGGGCUUGCUCGUCGGUCAGAAGCUCGACGAGGACCUGCCGUUCAACGACUACAUCCAGUACUUUGGUCCCGAGUACAAGCUCGAAGUGCCGCCUACUUCGAUGGACAACCUCAACUCGAGGGAGUACCUGGAAAACCUUCGCGCCAAGAUCAUCGAUAACCUGCGCAAUCUUCCGUCGGCGCCCGGUGUGCAGAUGCAGGAGACGCCGCGGACUACGCUGAAUCCGGCGGAUGUCGAGGUGUCGGAUGGAGAGGACUCGGAUCUGGACGAGAGGAUUUCGCAGCGGUUGCGCGAUGCGCAUGUGCAGCGGUGGGAUGACGAGCUGUCGGGUGAGGAGGAAGGGGAUGCGGACGGGCUGGCGUCUGCGUGGGCCGUGGCGACGGACAGGAGAUCGGGUUUGGCAGAAGGUGGCAGGAGGAAGCCGGGGAUCAUGGAUCCGCUGAAGCCGUACGAGCAUGAUUUGGGAUUGAAGUACCUGCAGAACGGUGGAGCGAAAAGCAAGGGUAGGGCCAAGAGGACGUUUUUCGCCGCACGAGCUGCCAAGCCUGUACUCGCGGAUCUGCAUCUCGACGACGACGACGAUGAGAUGGAGGACGACGAACAUCGUCAUGUCGCGAGCAGGUUUGGGGGCAGGAGAACGAGGGCGUUCUAUGCUGCUGCGGCGAACGAGGUGGGUACGGGGCUGGCGGGGGACGCUACGCCCGUGAGUGAGGUGGAGAUGGGAUCACCUGCUUUGUCCGCUGCUGCGGUGGCGUCGACCAAUGGAAGGAGUAAUGGUCGCAGGUGA